ACCGAUCUGUAGUCCGAGACCAUGAGCGAGGCGAAGAAAGGUGAGCUAGCCAUCCGGGAUAAAGCCAUCCUGCACCAGCAGAGGCGCCUGAAGCAGGCCACGCAGUUCACACACAAGGACUCGGCUGACCUCCUGCCCCUGGACGGGCUGAAGAGACUGGGCACAUCCAAAGACCUGCAACCUCACAGCAUCGUCCAGCGCCGCCUGCUGGAGGGGAACAUCACGCGGCUGCGAGGGGAGGCCCGGGACCCCAGCGGCCGGGUCCGCUCCCCGCUGGCCGACACCAAGGACGGACCCGCCGACGCCGAGGAGAGGAGCGAGAGCACGGCCGACGACUCCACGGAGGAGAGGGAGUCCCUGGAGGAGAGCGAGAGGAGCCUACGGUCGGACGAAGAGGACGACAGCAGCGAAGCCGGAGCCAGACAGACGGCCGAGAAGACCGAGGGCACGGAGAGCUCGACCCUCCUCACGGCUCUGGUGGUCCAGUGCAAGUGCUGCGAGACCGAAGUCAAGGCGUCCAUCAACACCGGCAGCCAACAUAACCACAUCUCCGCCUCCUGCUGCCAGAGGCUGGGACUGGUGCCGAACCAGGACGGUUCACCGUGUGGUGGGAGCAGCAGGGUGACGGGUCUGCAGCUUCAGCUGGGCAGACAGACGGUCCAGUGUUCAGCCUAUGUCAAAGAGGAUGAGGCGUUCGAGCUGUGCCUGGGUCUCCACACUCUGCUGGAACUUAAAUGCUGCCUGGACCUGAGCGAGCAGGUCCUGAAGCUGCCGGGCUGCGGCGACGAGCUGCCCUUCCUGAAAGCUUCGCCCCACAGCCAGUGCCAACACGACACCAACGAGAACCUGUGAGCCUCCGACGACUCGACGGCGAGCGACCGCCUCCUCCAAGUCUGGACCGGUUGCAGCAGCGAGGCGCGUGACGUUUGUGUCUGGACUGUCCGAUCACAGUGUCUCACACUGCCAGAACACGGAUGAGCGUUCGCCUCCGUCGUUCUUGAGUUUACAUCAUUGUGUUUGUAGAAUUAAGACAUUCACCAUGAUUAUCUCUUAUAUUCAAUUAGUCUAGUUCGCAGAGUGGGUGGAGGCCAGAAUGAGCUGAUCUCUGUGAGUCUAAUCAAUCGUUGAUGAUUAUACUGUGUAUUCAAACCGAUUCCUCUGUCGAGCUGCUCGGGCUCACUGACUCUCUGAAAUGGACGACUAUUAUUAUCAUUUCAAGUGAUCUUUAGUAUUUUGUGAUUUGGCUGUACAAAAAAGAAAAAAAAAUAGACUUUAAAUCAUCGAGUGUUAACUGUAAACUUCAAUCAUUUCAGUUUAGAUGGUGGUCAAUGAAUUGUUUUACAUUUUGGGACGCCCGAGUUGCCAGGAGCCACUUAGCUUAGCUCGGUGUAAAGGCAGGAAACAGGGGAGAAAGACCGAAAGGUUACAAAAUCUGCCUCCAUGCACCUCUAAAGCUCAUUUAUUAACAUAACAUUUAUCCACAUAAACACAGACAUUUAUCCAUUUUUUUUUAGUUUUUCCACAGAUUAAACCAGUGGCUCAUAUCCUUCACUUAGUUGUUAUGCCAUCCAUCCAUUAACGAUUCCUACUCAGCUGAUUUAUCAACUGGUUAUUACUUUUAGCUAACUUAGCUAAACUUAACUAGCCUUACAGUCAACUGCUGACCCAUUAACUGACUAUUUUACAUUUUUAUCCAUCAGUUUUAGCUAAUUAUUUAACCUCAUUUACUAUUUUGACUGUUUGUCCAUUACUUUUAUCCAAGCAUAGCAAUGUGAACCAGCCUUACAGUCAACUGUUGACCCAUUUCUAUCCAUUAGCCUCAGCUAAUCGAAUUAUUCAUUAAUUUUAAACCAUGUAUCCAUCUAUUUCAGCUGUUAGUCCAUUAAGUUUUGCUAAUUGAACUGUUGAUUAUUUUCUCCUAGCCAUCUAUUUCAACCAUUUUAUCCAUUAGCCUCCUUUUAGCUUCGCCAUCUGCAAAAUCCAUUAGCCUAGUUUUUCAUAGUAUCCAUUACUUUUAGUUCUCCAUUCAACCAUUCAGCCUAUAGGCUGCAUUUACAUACUGUUAGUUAACUGCUUUGACUUCUCUGCUGGCUUGUUAACUAGUUUCCACAGUCAGUUAAAACACUUUAUUUCCAGGUGUGCAGGUCAAAUAGUUAAGCUGCCCCAUAAUGUUAACACAAGUAGUCACCCCCCUGGAGUAUACACACACCUGGGUGGUAAUCACCACAUUAAACAACAUGAAGUACAGGUUAACUUAUGAGCUUUAGAGGAGCUGCUGGUGGAUGUGAGUGGCAUCAACAUUGUCCACGUACUCUUUGUCAAGAAUGAAUUAGCAUAUUUCCCAAAAUGUCAAACUGUUCCCCAAAGAAUCAACUCAUCUAAGACGUGUCUGUACUCAGGAUGCCCUUUUUUCGAGUGCGCUCAAAGAAGACUUUGAGAAGCCUUGAUGUUUUCUGAAGUCUUGUACGAUUUGGUUUGGAUCAGGCUACCUCUUUAGGAGACACGGACGGGUUCUCGUGUAGAAACUCACGCGAGCUCUGAGGUAAACACCAGAGUUUCUGAUAGAUAGGCUGGAUUCAGCUUUGUAAAGCCCCCCCCUCUUUUUUUUUUGCUCUUUCUUUCCCAGUCGGGAGGGAUGUAGUUGGGUUUUCCAGGAGCAACUCUUCCAGUCUGUCACGACCGCCUAGACUGAAUUACAGUAGUUCCCUUUCUAAUGAAAAUAGACUUCAGGUGGCGAAACACAUUUGAGUCAGACUACAGAAAUAUCUAAACAUUCCAUCUGCAUGACUUUGUAAAGUUCUGCCUUUGUAUAAGUCUGCAUGUUUGUGUACCAGCCUGAUUGUGUCGGGUCUGACCGGGGUCGUACGGGUGUUGUACGUGUGCAUGCGUGUGCGUUCGGAGUUGGAGCGACAAGUUUUUUUCCUGCCUUGUUUUUUGGUUUCACAUGG